CAAACUUCCCUUUACAAAAGCUCGCUCUCUCUCACAUUCAAAUCUCAACGAGAAAAACACGCAUUCGCAAUUAUGGCGGAAAUCAGCAGCAAACCCCAACCGACGGUGGCGAUCAACAAGCUGAAAUUCACCUACCCUGGAAUCGACGGCCAUCCUCCGCCGGGCUCCGCCCCUUUGAUCGAAGAUUUCUCCCUCUCUCUCUUCCCCGGAGAUCGCUGCCUCUUCGUCGGAUCCAACGGCGCUGGGAAAACGACGAUAUUGAAGAUAAUAGGAGGGAAGCACAUGGUGGAUCCAGAUAUGGUGAGGGUGUUGGGCCGAUCCGCUUUUCACGACACCGCUUUGAUCUCCUCCGGCGAUCUCUCUUAUCUUGGCGGCGAGUGGAGACGUGAAGUUGCGUUUGCUGGAUUUGAGAUUCCAAUUCAGAUGGAUGUUUCUGCUGAGAAAAUGAUAUACGGCGUGACAGGUGUCCUUCCUCAGAGACGGGAUGAACUAAUUAAGGUUUUAGAUGUUGACCUCUCGUGGAGAAUGCAUAAAGUAUCUGACGGCCAAAGAAGACGAGUUCAAAUUUGUAUGGGCCUUCUAAAGCCGUUCAAGGUUCUCUUGCUCGACGAGAUCACAGUUGACUUAGAUGUUCUCGCUAGGGCUGACCUUCUAAGGUUUCUUAAGAAGGAAUGCGAAGAACGAGGCUCUACAAUUAUUUACGCUACACAUAUUUUUGAUGGACUUGAGAAUUGGCCAUCUCAUAUUGUUUAUGUGGCUCAUGGGAAGUUGCAACUAGCGAAGCCGAUGAAUGAAAUCAAGGAGGCUAGCAAUUUGUCAUUGAUGAGAACUGUGGAGAGUUGGCUGAGGAAAGAGAGAGACGAGGAUCGGAAAAUAAGGAAAGAGAGGAAAGCAAACGGUCUUCCAGAACAUGAGAAACGGGUCGACGGGAGUCGUGUGACGGGUGGGCCAGCCCGUGUGAUAAACAAUGGAUGGGCUGCUGGCAGAUUGAAUUCAACCAUUGCUGGUGAAGAAAAUUUUGUCUUGAGCUCUAAUAGGGUUCUCCGGUAAAAUUCACACUAAUAUCGAAAGAGAAUUUUUCAUCUCUUUGCACCUUUUUUUUUUUUUUUUUUCUGUAACCAAUAUGGCCUUAUAUUGGAAUAUUACAAAAGCUAGAUUGCUUUUUGUUGUGUGCUAAGUUGAAUUUUAGUUUUAAUUUUGUUUUAAUUUUUAUGUAUUCAUUGCAUUUGUUUACAUGCUUUGUAUAGCAUGUUGAUGUACUAUUUCUUAUUUAUUAAAGAGGAAACAAAACAAGGUUUACAUUUUUA